UUUGGAGGAAGUCAGAUUUUAUAUCACCGUCCCAAGGCAAACUUUUGGCAGUGUUUGAACAGUUGUUGAGAAGAGAGACUUCCGCGAGGUUUAUGGCCCCUAUAAUGGGGUUGAGUUUAUAAGCCAGGUGUCGCUCCGCUCCAGGCCGGGUUUUCCAGCGGGUCUCUGCAGCGAGACAGACACGCAGCCGGUGUACUCGACGCGCAAGCCGUCUCUCUGCUCCGGGAUCGCGGGGCGCUUUCCGCAGUACCAAACGAGUGGAAUUUCCUUAAGUUUUCAGAAAAGGCGCUCUCAUUGAGCUGAGUGUGCGGCGGGUCCCGUCUCGGUAUAGCAAACAGGCGUUCAGAGGGAAACCGGUCGGGCCAUCGCGACGACGAAAGGGCGCAUGGCUUUGAUUUAAACGCGCAUUCAUUGCGCUCUGCCCCAAACCGAGUGUUGCAUGGAGCGGGACAACUCCGGCUGUUGAAAACGGCGAAAUGCUCCUUUUAAACGUGAACUGUGUGUUCGCUUGUCUCAGCUUUCCAUACUCGUAGGCCUAAUGUGGUUUGGUUUCUGGACUGCGCGGAUCUGCGAUCUACCUGAGCGCGCGAUGAAAGUCUUUGUGCUCUGAUUUAGAGGUGACUUAGAGACCCUCGCUUUUUAUUGCGUCAAUAGUUCUGUUUGGACUUCUCCUCAAUCCAUGGAGCAUGAAUGGUGAAGGGUGGAGAGCAGCAGAUUGCUGAUGUCUGCGUGGCCUGCAUACUGUCUAGAUCCUCUUUACAAUCUAAACUAUUGUCUGGCAUCUGGAGACGCUCUUGAAUAACCAAAAUGGCUACUUCACUGUGGAAAUGUCCCCUGGUGCAUGGACUUGUGUUAACUGUGAUUUUCAUACAAUCUUCAGAAGCCUUCAGUCGUGCAGCGCUGCCGUUCGGUCUGGUGCGGAGAGAGCUGUCGUGUGAGGGUUACCCCAUCGAUCUGCGCUGCCCGGGGAGUGAUGUCAUCAUGAUCGAAACCGCCAACUACGGCCGCACAGACGACAAGAUAUGCGACGCAGACCCCUUCCAGAUGGAGAACAUUAACUGCUACCUCCCGGAUGCAUAUAAAAUCGUAUCUCAAAGGUGUAACAAUCGGACGCAGUGUGUUGUCAUCACUGGCUCGGAUGUCUUUCCAGAUCCGUGUCCUGGGACAUACAAGUAUCUUGAGGUCCAGUAUGAAUGUGUGCCAUACAAAGUGGAGCAAAAAGUUUUUAUUUGCCCUGGGACUCUGAAAGCGGUAGGAGAUCCAGCCUUUGUCUUUGAGGCGGAACAGCAAUCCGGAGCUUGGUGCAAAGACCCCCUGCAGGCGGGGGACAAGAUCUACUUCAUGCCGUGGACUCCGUACCGCACCGACACGCUCAUAGAGUACGCCUCACUCGACGACUUGCGAAGCGGCCGACAGACGACUACCUACAAACUUCCACACCGUGUUGACGGAACAGGAUUUGUGGCAUACGAUGGGGCCAUCUUCUUCAACAAGGAACGCACGCGAAAUAUCGUCAAGUUUGACUUGCGGACUCGGAUAAAGAGUGGGGAGGCCAUAGUCGCAAAUGCCAACUACCACGACACCUCGCCGUAUCGCUGGGGCGGGAAAACAGACAUUGACUUGGCAGUUGACGAACGGGGACUGUGGGUUAUCUACGCUACAGAACAGAAUAACGGACGUAUCGUUCUCAGCCAACUCAAUCCUUAUACUCUGCGCUUUGAGGUCACUUGGGAGACCGUCUACGACAAACGCUCGGCCUCCAAUGCCUUCAUGGUGUGCGGCAUACUUCAUGUGGUCCGUUCCACCUAUGAGGAGAAUGAAAGCGAGGCCAGUAAGAGCCAAAUUGACUAUGUGUAUAACACCAAACUGGGGCAAGGGGAGUAUGUCAAUAUUCUCUUCCCUAACCAGUAUCAGUACAUCGCAGCUGUGGAUUACAACCCGAGGGAUAACCAGCUAUACGUGUGGAAUAAUUUUUACAUUCUGCGAUACAAUCUGGAGUUUGGGCCACCCGAUCCAGAUGAAGUACCAACUGUCUCUGAUGACGUUACAUCAACGGUGCAGCCUAGAAGAUCCACACCUCCAAUCAGGACCACAGCUAUCAGCAUCACCCAGAGACCUGCGCUCAACAUCACCGUCACGCCGGACCCCAGCGCCGUCAGCCCGCCCCCCUCCAGCAGACGCUUCUGCGACGGGACGGAGAGGAGAGGAAUCUCCUGGCCGCAGACGCACCGAGGAGCGACGGUGGAGCGGCCGUGUCCUAAAGGAACUCGAGCAAUAAUGCAUUUCAACUAUACAUAUGUGGACGCUCAGCUGCAGGAGCUCAAACCCAACGAUAAAGACACGGCCGGACGGAGCUUCAACAAGGCCAUUGUGGACACGGUUGACAACCUCCUGAGGCCAGAAGCCCUUAAAUCCUGGGAGGACAUGAAUUCCACAGAGCAAACACAUGCCGCCACUAUGUUACUCGAUACCCUGGAGGAAGGAGCCUUUGUCCUUGCAGACAACCUGAUCGAGCCCGCAGUCGUCAGAGUGCCUGCCGAGAACAUCAUGUUGGACGUGUACGUGUUGAGCACCGACGGCCAAAUUCAGGACUUCAGGUUUCCACAGACCAGCAAAAGAGGAGCCACGAUUCAGCUCUCAGCAAACAUGGUCAAACUAAACAGUAAAAACGGUGUUGCCAAGUUGGUUUUUGUCCUGUAUAAGCACUUGGGGCAUUUCCUUAGUACGGAGAACGCCACAGUGAGGCUGAUGGGAGAGGGCGGAGUCAGAAACCACACCCUGACUGUCAACUCCCACAUCCUCUCCGCCUCCAUCAACAAAGAAUCCAGCCGAGUGUUUGUGUCCGAACCACUCAUCUUCACUCUGGCGCAUUUGGAUACUGAGAACUACUUCAAUCCAAACUGCUCAUUUUGGAACUAUUCUGAGAGGAGCAUGACAGGAUACUGGUCAACACAAGGCUGCAAACUCCUCGCGACAAACAAGACUCACACCACUUGCUCCUGCAGUCACCUGACUAACUUUGCAAUCCUGAUGGCUCAUCGAGAUGCACAUGCGGGUGUGGGAAGCAUUCACGAGCUCCUGCUGACAGUUAUCACACGAAUGGGCAUCGCCGUUUCACUUGUCUGCCUUGCCAUUAGCAUCUUCACCUUCUGCUUCUUCCGCGGCCUCCAGAGUGAUCGCAACACCAUCCACAAGAACCUCUGCAUCAACCUCUUCAUCGCAGAGCUUCUGUUUCUUGUGGGCAUCAAUAUGACCGAACCUCCGAUUGUGUGCUCUGUGAUUGCUGGAGUUCUGCAUUUCUUCUUUCUUGCCGCAUUUGCCUGGAUGUGUUUGGAGGCCGUUCAGUUGUUCCUCAUGCUUGUGGAGGUCUUUGAGAGUGAAUUCUCCAGACGAAAAUACUAUUACGCAUCUGGCUACCUGUUCCCCUGUGUGGUGGUUGGCAUUUCAGCAGCCAUCGACUAUAGGAGCUAUGGGACGAGGAAAGCAUGUUGGUUGAGGGUUGAUAAUCAUUUCAUUUGGAGUUUCAUUGGCCCUGUUACGUUCAUCAUAAUGCUCAAUCUCAUCUUUCUGGUGGUGACUAUGUACAAGAUGGUAAAGCACUCAAUGUCUAUGAAACCUGAUUCCAGCCGACUGGAGAGCAUACGGUCCUGGGUGUUUGGUGCUUUUGCACUGCUGUGUCUGGUUUGUCUGACGUGGUCGUUCGGCCUGUUUUUCUUGAACGACUCUUCAGGAAUCAUGCCGUACCUCUUCACUAUCUUCAACACCUUACAAGGGAUGUUCAUCUUCAUCUUCCACUGUCUUCUGCAGAAGAAGGUGCGUAAAGAGUACAGCAAGUGUUUGCGGCAGUCUCAGUGCUGUACUAGUCUUCCCUCUGAAGGACCUCACGGCGUUAACAAACCCUCGGCCUCCAGGUCCACCGCUCGAUAUUCAUCUGCCACACAGAGCCGCAUCAGGAGGAUGUGGAACGACACUGUGAGGAAACAGUCAGAGUCGUCCUUCAUCUCCGGAGAUAUCAACAGCACUUCCACUCUAAACCAAGGAAUGAGCGGCAACUAUCUGCUAACUAACCCUCUCCUCAGGCCUCACGACACUAACAGCCGCUAUAACAACCUUCUUGCCGAAACCAUCGUCUGCAACACCCCUUCUCCUCCAGCUUUCCGCUCUCCAGGCCAGCACUCGCUAACCCACAGCCGUGAUGUCAGCACCAUGGACACGCUCCCUCUCAACGACAACUUCAACAACAGCUACUCACAGCGAGAGGACGACUACGAGGACCCCGCGCUGUGCUGCCCGCCCGCUGACGCUCUGCGUCUGGAUGACGCUGCCUUUGAGAAGAUGAUCAUCUCCGAGCUGGUUCACAAUAACCUGAGGCCUCGCCGGCCGCCGCAAAACCAAUCCAGCUCAAAAACCCAACCGCCGUCCGACAGCAGCCACCGGGGUCCGCAGGAGACUUUCGACGGGGGUGUAGGGAAUAGAAACCGGAGUGAAGAUGAUGCCACAGUUUCCGACACCUCCGCUUUACCGCCGUCCUCCAGCCACCCGGCGCUGGAGCUGCUUCUCCUUCACCCCAACGACCGGGAAGCCCUCGAGGUCCCGCUUUUGCCCCAACGAACUCACUCGCUCCUUUACAGCGCUCAAAAGGCCGCCAGGCGGCAGAAGGACAGCAGAAAGGCAGAAGACGAUGAGGAAAGCGCGAAAGAGUUAGACGACGCACCCUCGCCGAAUAACAGGGACUCGUUGUACACAAGCAUGCCCAAUCUCAGAGACUCUCAGUCCUCCGAAUCCCCCGACCUUGUCAGCAGACAGGACGAUGGUUCUCCUUGCUCAUCCGCCCAAAGUGAAACUGAGGAACAAUGCUACAAGAGCUUGCCCGACCUGGGAGACGGGACUCAACCGCUUUCCUACUAUCAGAUCAGCCGCCGAGGCACUAGCGAGGGCUGUAUUGGCCCCGGGCUCCCCGAGGGCUGCCUUCCACUAGAGGAAGAACCGGCUAGCGAAGGACAGAUGCAGCUAAUCACCAGCCUCUGAGCCAAGAAUGUUCCCUUUCCUUCAUUUUCUUCUUUUGCUCCUCCCAUCCACAGAUGACACGAAGAGAGGACUAGUCAACCGCACAAUCAAUUGUUUUUUAGUAACAGAACUGAUGGUCUAGUCAAACUCUCGAAGUGAGCGGAAAGUGUCAAGACUGGCAUUGUCUACAUCUGCCAAAAGAUUUGUACAGUAUAUAUAUAUAUAUAAAAAAA